CCCUCCCCUCCUCCCUGGGGCCGGCCCGGGCUGCCGGGCCCGCUCUGCCUCCUCCUCCCGCUGCUGCCGACGUGGCGGGGCGGGGAAGGGAAGGAGCCGGGGGCGCGCCGGUCGGGGCACUGCUGAGCGAACUGAAAAUGUCUGAAGACGUAUCUGAUGGCGCCCCACCUGAAGAAAAACCUGAAGUAAUGGAGAUGCCCAGCAAUGAGGUACUGCCUCAUGAAUCAGUACCACACCUCCUAGAAGCUGAGGUCUUGCAUGAGUCUUCACAAGAUCAACAUGGACAGGUCACUCAGAAUGUUAGUAAUGGAAAGGAAGGAGACACAGUCAUUGAUGAAAACCCUUUGACUGAAAAUCUUGUUGAAAGCCUGCCUUCCAGCCUGCCUUCCAGCCUGCAGUCCAGUGAAGACACAGCUGAAGACAAGCCCACUGAGUGCAUUGAAACUGUAAGCCUUGAUACAGAACCUGAAUUGGAAGAAACACUGCAUGAGCAAGGCAAUCCAGCUGCAGACUCCUCAUCUAAAGCAAGUAGAUGGGGAGCUUGGGGUACCUGGGGAAAGUCUCUCCUGUCAUCAGCUUCUGCCACAGUGGGUCAUGGGAUAACAGCAGUAAAGGAAAAAGCAGGAACUACCCUAAGAAUUCACAGUGGGAGUUCAGCCUCUCUGGAAACAGCAGAGCCUCCUGCAGCUGAAACACCAGUUUCUCAAGCAGAAGAUUCUCUGGCCCAAAGCUCUUCUGAGAAUAUUCCUUCUUCUCCUUCAUCUGGAUCUCGUGGCAUGCUGUCAGCUAUCACUAGUGCUGUACAAAACACAGGGAAAAGUGUAUUAUCUGGAGGCUUAGAUGCUUUGGAAUUUAUUGGGAAGACAACCAUGAAUGUCCUUGCAGAAAGUGAUCCUGGUUUUAAGAGAACCAAAACACUGAUGGCACGAACAGUCUCACUCUCUCAGCUGUUGCGAGAAGCCAAAGAAAAAGAGAAACAGAGGCGGGCCCAGCAAGUUACAGUAGAAAGAACAGCACAUUAUGGACUACUUUUUGAUGAAUUCCAAGGUUUGUCUCAUCUUGAAGCUCUGGAAAUCCUGUCAAAUGAAAGUGAAGCUCAGAUUCAGUCACAUUUAGCAACACUUGAUGGAGAGCAGUUGGAGACUGUGAAAAAUGAUUUAAUUGCUAUAAAAGAGAUCUUUGUUCCAAAGGAAUUAGAUGAUGAAGUGGUGCAGGCGCAAAAAGCAGAUACAGGAGAAGAGUUUGUCAGCAUGCUCACAGAACUGCUCUUUGAAUUGCAUGUUGCUGCUACUCCUGACAAGCUAAAUAAGGCUAGGAAAAAAGCUCAUGAAUGGCUGGAAGAAGCCAGUUUGUCCACCCCAGUAGACAUAGAAGAGGAGCUAAAUGAAAAACCUGAAGAACCUGGUGAAGAAAAGACUCAAACAGACAAUAAAAUUGAGAGUGAUAAAACAGAAGUAGACAAAAGCAAAACUGUGGAGGAAAUCUACAUGCUGUCCAUUGAAAGUCUGGCUGAGGUAACUGCUCGUUGUAUUGAACAGCUUCAUAAAGUAGCAGAAUUAAUUCUACAUGGGCAAGAAGUAGAAAAAACAGCUCAAGAUCAAGCAAAAGUACUGACAAAUUUAACAAGUGCCAUGUGCAAUGAAGUUUCAUCUUUAUCAAAGAAGUUUUCUAAUUCUGUAACAGCAGCUGGGAGCAAUAUGAAGGCAGAGGUUCUUAACCCCAUUAUUAACAGUGUGCUAUUAGAGGGCUGCAACAGUACUACUUAUAUCCAGGAUGCCUUCCAGUUACUGCUUCCAGUUCUGCAGAUUUCCCAUAUCCAGAGCAGUUGUUCCAAAGCCCAGGAGCUGUCAGCUUGAGAGCAACCACAGACCCAAAGUGUUGAGCUGUGCCAAGAGAAGGGCUGGUACAGGAGAUGUCUGGCCACUAGAGUUCUUUGAAGACACUAAAUGCGGUUUUGCACACACAGUACUGAACAUUUUAGAACUCUUUCAGAUUUUAAGACUUUAGAAGUAGUUAGUAAAGUGAGUAAUUUCUUUUCCAGUGCAGUUCAUGCUUUGCAUUAAUUUAAACAGAAGUUUAUUGAUAUUAGCAUUGACUUAAAUACGGAUUCUAAAUGUUGACCCUUUCAGUUGUAAACAAUGUAUGAAACAAAUUGGAAUGUAAAGUUUCUUAAAACAUUUUACUUCAGAUUACCAUUUAUAUUGUUUGUAUUGUAACUGCAGUUUAAAAACUAUAUUUCAGAAGAUGGUUUCAGUAUUUAAUUUUUGCCAACAUGAACAAAUUAUCAAAGUGUUGAGCUUGUUAAGUAUUAUUUCCAGUAGCAAAUAAUAACAUCAUAUUAAUUUGUACCACUAACAUAACACUUUGUAUUGAAGGAGUUACACAGCAAUAGGUAUUAACUUUACUAAGUGAAAAUUAUGGAGGUUAUGCAUAAAGAAUUAUACUGAAAAGAAAUUUUCUGAGCCAGUUAAGAUUACGGGUGUAGCUCUGUAUUUGCUGACCCAUAAGUUUAUAUUAAGUUAGGUCCAUUUCAUCAUUUCAAUGGCUGAGCAACAGGAAACAAAAGUAAUCUUUUUCAUAUGCAGAGGAUAGAAAAUUUCCCUUUUGUUUGGCAGUCAAAACACCUGCUGAACAACCUUCUCUCAGACGUACUACUGGGUUAACACUUUGGGGUUUACUGAUGCCUACAGUUCAGAAAUAGAAGUUGUAGCAAGAAGUUAUGAAAGAAUUCCUUUGGGUGUGGAGGUCGUAUGUCAGAGCAAUCAUCUUUUUUCUGAGGCAAUAAAAAAAGUUAGGGCAUAAACAAGCAAUAGGAAUGACAUUUCAUAACAACACUAGCAACCAUGCUAAUUUGUCCAUAUCUUUAGUUUAAAAUACUGAGCUUGGACCUAAGAAUUUGUUUGGCCUGGUUUACCUCUUAGGCAGGAAGAACCUUCCAAUAUUUUACAUAGCCUGUUCUCUUGAAUUUUUGUCAUUUAUUAUGUUUCUUUCUGUUAUUUUGUAUUUUUUUCUUCUGGUAUACUCAUUAAUU